AUGAAGACGACGACGACGACGAUGAAGACGACGACGACGACGAUGAAGACGACGACGACGACGGAGCCCAAUGCACCUCACGAGCGAGACGACUCCGGCCCGUCGCUGGGUGCCGAGAUCCCCCCACACGACGAAGUUCGCAAGGGCGCCCUCGAUCCGGACGCCAUCGUCCCGCCGCUCGACUCGCAGACUGACCUCGAGGCCCACAAUUCACCGCCUGGAUCGCCGCGAUCGAUGCUCUCCCUCCGCACAGCGUCCCCGCCCGCCGCAGAUCAUGCCCCGCCGCCCAGCGCGCUCCCGCCGCUGGCGUCGGGCGUCAUCGUCCUCGCCAUGAACUUCCUGCUCAACGUCACCUUCUUCAUCAUCGUCCCCACGUCGGCCAGCUACGCCAACGACCUGGGCGCUUCGACGUGGUUCAGUGGCCUGACGAUCGGCAUCAGCACCUUUGUCGCGGGCAUCUUCCUCGUCCCCUUUUCGCGCCGCUUCAGCGAGGGCUACAAGGUGCCCUUCCUCUUCAGCACCGUCUGCUUCGCCGUCGGCGAGGUCGUCUACGCCCUCGCCGGUCGCGCCGACACGGCCUGGCUGAUGUUUGUGGGCCGCGUCAUCCUCGGCGCCGGCUUCGUGUCGUGGAUGUUUGUCAAGCGCUACAUGACCGACCCGCGCGUCGUCGGCACCGCGCGCAGGACCAUGAUGUCGGCGCUCCUCGUCACCACCCAGGCCGGAGGCAUGGCCGUGGGGCCCUUUGUCGGCGGCCUCCUCUCCAAGAGGCUCGCGGCCAUGACGGAGCGCACCCGCAUCUGGAACGGCUUCACCGCCUCGGGCUGGAUCAUGGCCGGCGUCUGGCUCGCCUUUUGCGCGGCCAUCUGGCUCUGCUUUGAAGAGCCACCUCAGAGGGACCACGCCGUCGCCCUGCAGGUGCUGGACCCGGCUACGAAGGCAGCACCCGGUGCAAGCAAGCUGGACGGCUCGACGCAAGCAGCUGGCACCUCGUUGGCCCCUACCGCCCCUGCCGCCGCCGCGCCCGUCACGCUGUGGACGCUGCGUCGCCACCUGGAUCGCUACCAGCUGUGCAGCGUCGUGGUCAUGUGCUGGUUCUCGAUGGUCAACUUCCUCGUCCUGGGCGCGUGGGAGUCCAACAUCCCCGUGUUCGGGCGCGUACGCUUUGGGUGGUCCGAGUACGAUGCGGGCAACAUCAUUGCCCUCGGGGGCAUCGCCACGCUGCCCAUCCUGUUUGGCCUCGUCUUUGUGGCGCGCUACGUCGAGGACCGCCACAUCCUCGCCGCUGGCCUCCUCCUGGGCAUGCUGGGCCUGUCGCUCCACCUGGGCACGCUGCACGGCCUCACGCGCACCGAAGCCCAGAUCCACGACGCCACCAGCGUCACGUUUGGCUCCUUCUUCACCGCCUGGUUCCUGGUGGCGCUCGGAUACAACAUGCUCACGACGAUCACGGUGUCGCUGCUGUCCAAGCAGAUCCCGCCGCACCUCAAUGGGCUCUCGUCGCUGCUGAUCCAGCUGAGCAACUACAGCGGGCGUAUAUCGGGCGCCUUCUGGGGCACGACGGUGUUCAACGUGGGCCAGCUCUCGAUCGUCUGGCUCGAGCUGGCCUUUACCGUCAUCGGCACCAUGAUGAUUGGGCUCAUGUGGCGUCGCAUGGCGGCGCAAAAGGGAUGA